UAGUCUCUGCUGCCUUUUUUUUUAGCAAAAUAAGCUAAAAAAGUGAUAUUAAUAUUCAAUUAUUUGUCAGUAUAGAAACAUUUACAGUAAAAGUAUGCACUUGUGGCAUGUCUGGUUGGCAUUAGCACUCUUAGCUAAUGUUUAAUGCUAAUGUUUCGCUUUGCCUCACACACACUUUCUUUGUUUGUUUGUAAUUAUUCACAAUACAUAUUUUAAAGGUAGAACUCAACAAUUGUUGUGAAACUAGAGGUGCUUAUUUGCAAAGUCUAUUGGCGAUUUAGAGGAAAGCGGGCAUGCGGUGCGGCUAAAAAAGAAAAGCUGAAAGAAAACAUGCAAAUGUUCCAGCAGGAGAGCAGACUGAAUCUGCAUUAGCUCCAACCCCCCUCCGGCCACUAAUUGCUGUGUUUGUGGAUAAGACAAGAAAGACAAGAGAGUGGGGGGUUGAGAUGAGGGAUGUGGGGGGGACGGAAUGCCAGUCGCCCCCACCCCAGGAGACAUCCAGGGAAUGUCCGAGACAAGCCGUUAACACCUGAGAGGAGCAGUUUCCUCUGGAUGUUUUCCGUCUUGUUAUUUAGCAUGCUAAAUACACACUAGUCAAUACACAUGACUGGGAUUUUAAUCUGCAUAUAUUGGAGUUUAUUUUACUGUGUCUCAUUUUAAGUGUCCUUUGUUGGAUUAUGACACAGCUUAUAAAAAUAAUGUAGAUUUUUUCAGUUUUAAAUGUAUAUAUUUAUAUAUUAAACUGUAAGCACGUCAUAGUAUUUACGUAUAUGACGGCUCCAGAGUGAUGACGUCAAACGCUGGCGACGCUCAACCCGGAAGUGCCCUCGGUCUUCCCCCCUCAAGUGUGCUUGUUUAUAUUCUCUACACCUCGUCCAAAAUGAAUCCUCCCGUCAUCAACUCGACGAGCUCUGUGUCCACAACACGGCGGAAGCGGGAGGCCGAGCGCUCGGUCAACUGGACGGUGGAGGAGACUCAGGUUCUCCUGUGCGCGUGGAGCGACGAGCGCGUCCAGAAGAGUCUGUCGGAAAACCUGCGCAACCGCCACGUCUUCAAACACCUCUCGGCCCGCAUGAGCGACAUGGGCUUCUGUCGCAGUCCUCACCAGUGCCGUCUGCGCGUCAAAACUCUGAAGGCCAACUACGUGAGAGCGAAACUUCACAGGAGCGUGGACGGCUCCCAGCUCUGCAGCUUUAAGUACUUUGACGAGAUGGACGCGGUGCUGGGACGGAGGACUGACGCGGGAGCGGGAGUGGGAGGCGGGCCUCAUUUGAGUCCUUUCCGGGGUCAUCGUCUCACGUCUCCGGGGAUCACGGCGAGGGAACAUUUUAGCUCGUCUGAGGAGAAAGGAAGCCGGCAGCCAUGGCCGCUAGACUUUCAAGUCAAGAUGGAGAACGAAGACGAUUCCGAGUUCAGCGACGCGGGAGUCACGCAAGAACUCGGAGAGAGACGACCGGAUGUUUGUUUCGGGUCAAAUGUCCAUCCUGUGCCUGCAGCUUCUCCCUCCUGCCACGCGGUUCUGCCUCCGCCCGCCCCACCUCAAGCGACCUCCCCGUCCCCCUUCCUUUCGACCGAGGUUCCGACGACACCCGACGUUCUCCCCACCGAGUCCGGCCGCCUGGAACCGGUGCUCCAUCACCUGUCGCAGUGCUUCCAGCAACUCGUGUCGGAGACCCGAGGCCUGCUGGCGCAGCUGGAGAAACAGAGGCAGGAGCAGGCCCGCUGGCACCAGGAGCUGCUGAGCCAGUGGAUGCAACGGGAGGAGCAGCGGCAGAAGGAGGCGGCCGAGAGGGAGGAGCGGCGGGAGAAGGCCCACAUGGAGCAUCAGAUCAGGGUUUUGGAGCUCCUCACCAGCCUGGCCCGUGAACAAGGAUGCAAAUGCGGAGGCGGAAGAACCGCAGCCGAGGCGCCGACUGGGCCGAACCGCACAUCCAACAAGGAUGGAGAUUAGGAUGCUCCGGUUCUUACUGGUUGGAUUGGUGGACCGCGUGAACCGUGUCAGAUGACCUUGAAACAUAAACAAACGUACCCCCCCUCUCAUAUCUCUUCUUGUGUUUUGUUGCCUUCAUCACAACCAAAUUUGCCCCCCCCCCUGUAGCUGAGGUGGGUGUUUGAUGUGGGCCAGUUCAGACCGGAUGGCUGCUUGUUGGGUUUGUUGUGUCUGGCGGCGGCGUUUGCGGCGUCCCGUGUAGAGAUUGCAGUCGUGACCUCUGAAUUGUCGUCGCCAUCAUUCCCAGCUCGACGGAUUAACGGGAAAACUUCAAUCUGCGUAAUCCCAGAUUACGCAAUACUGGCCGGUGAGAUUUUGAAUGAGAUGUCUUCAAGUCACAUGUCAUGUUUUUUUUUACACUAAGGCCUCUAGUCCGGUCGCUUGUUAAAUAGAAAAUAAUGGAGAUAUACUGCAAAUAGUCUGUUCCAGGGUCAAACCGGGGCCAUCAUAAAUGAUUUAUUAUUAUUGCAGAUGGACUGUUUGGGUUGUCUGACAAGAUGUUUCACCUCUCGCCUCUAGUCUUUGGCAUAAGCAGACUAAGCCCGAGACUAGACAAAGUGUCCUAUCUAGUCUUUGAGCAUCGACUGACUAAGCCCGAGACUGGACGAUGUGUCCUAUCUCGUCCCUGAACAUAAGCAGACUAAGCCCGAGACUAGACAAGGUGUCCUAGCUAGUCUUUGAGCAUCAACUGACUAAGCCCGAGACUAGAUGAGGUGUCCUAUCUAGUCUUUGAGCAUAAGCAGACUAAGCCCGAGACUAGACAAAGUGUCCUAUCUAGUCUUUGAGCAUCGACUGACUAAGCUGGAGACUAGACGAGGUGUCCUAUCUAGUCUUUGGCAUAAGCAGACUAAGCCCGAGACUAUACGAGGUGUCCUAUCUAGUCUUUGGCAUAAGCAGACUAAGCCCGAGACUAUACGAGGUGUCCUAUUUAGUCUUUGAGCAUAAGCAGACUAUGCCCGAGACUAGAUGAGGUGUCCUAUCUAGUCUUUGAGCAUCAACUGACUAAGCCCGAGACUAGAUGAGGUGUCCUAUCUAGUCUUUGAGCAUAAGCAGACUAAGCCCGAGACUAGACAAAGUGUCCUAUCUAGUCUUUGAGCAUCGACUGACUAAGCCUGAGACUGGACGAUGUGUCCUAUCUCGUCCCU